AAAGUGUGUGUGGAUGUGUGGAUAGGAACAUGUGCAGCUCUUCCUCUCUUCAUUAGAGCACUAGCUAUAGAGAUGGAACACAUUUACACUGAGCUGCAGACACCAACUCAGGAUAUGUACUCUGGUAUCUCACCAGGGGUGAAAGAGCCUGGAAGACACACAGACCAGGCAAGCGCCAUGGCUUCACAUGUAACAGUUACUGUUACUCAGAGUUCCCCCCUGAACAGUGCUGGCCAGGCUGCACCAGGAACAGAGGCAAGACAGCUGCCAGGGUCGAUGCAGACAUUUCUACGAGGACAGCCCAAAGCUUUGGGGGUCGUGCAAAUAAUGAUUGGGAUCAUGAGUCUGCCGUUUGGUCUUGAUAUGGUGACUAGGCACUCGUUUAUAGGAGCCAUUGCAUUACCUCUCUGGACUGGUGUAUGGUAUAUUAUCUCUGGAUCCCUGGCUGUUGCAGCGGAGAAUACCCGCAGAAGAGGUCUGGUGAAAGCAUGUUUAGGGAUGAACGUUGUCAGUUCUGUUUUUGCUGGAUUUGGAAUUAUUCUCUAUUCAAUAAGCGUGUCCAUAUUAUCUUUCGACAUAUCUCCACGUUAUAACCAGUUAUUAAUCGACGUGCAUUACUUGAACUCGAUAAACAUGACUUUUGGCAUUGUAGCAGUUCUUCUGGUGCUGAACAUUUUGGAGAUGUGCAUCGCUAUCGCUACAUCAGCCUUUGGAUGCAAAUCUGAAUGCUGUUAUACUGCCAUGCCAGAGGUUGCUUUUCAACAGGCAUGAAUCCAGUGACCUGGGUGCAGAUUUGCUCAAUCGAACUAUAAGAAGCAUUCGGUCAAGAAGACAACUGUCCCUCCGCCUCCUCUAGCAAAGCUUAGCCAGCGCUAAAGACUUCAUCUCUGCAAGGUGUUAUUAUCAGAACAAGUUAAACAACAAUGAAAUCCUCCCAUGUGUAAACUGUCGGGGAAUUUGUAUUGAUACGAAAAUGUGUUCAUUUGCUUUGGAUUUGUUGGUUUUGCUUAUGAUUUCAGUAAGAUCAUUUGUAUUUUGAGUAUAAGUUAAAAGUUGAAAUGUUUCACAUGUUCAGUUAUGAUAUUGUUUUUAUAUUUUAAUAUGUUUUCAGUCAAAAUAAUGAAAAAUAAACAUGGUAGGACAAUGGUAUACAGAAGUGAUAAGUUGAGAUAUGUUUUGGUGUUUUAUGAUAUAUUGCUUUGCUUAAUAAAAAAAUAAAAACUG